UCUCAAAGAAGAAGGGCCGUUCUCUCUCUCUGGAUUUCCUAAUCUUGUCUUCGUCCGUUGUAAUCUCGUUCUGUCCCUCUCUGGAUUACCUAAUCUGGUCUUCCUUCGUUGAAAUCCCUUCCAGUGGCGUUCCAUUCGUUCUGUUUCCGACCCUAUUCGAGGCAGAGGACCGAAGAGCGGACAGGGGAGGAGGAGGAGGAGGUGGAGGGGUGGGCGUGCGAGCAACGAAUUCCUCGCCGCUGGAUGCAUGGACUCGGACGGCAUCGAGUGCGUGUCGUCGAUCGACGGGAUGGACGAGGAGACCUCCCUCCCCCACCACACAUCCUCCAAAGCCCAUGGCGGCGGCGGCGGCGGCCCUCACCCCGGGGUUGCCCCUGCCACCAGCGUACACGAGCUGCUCGAGUGCCCCGUCUGUACCAAUUCCAUGUACCCUCCGAUCCAUCAGUGUCAAAAUGGGCACACACUGUGUUCAACUUGUAAAACAAGGGUGCACAACCGAUGCCCCACUUGUCGACAAGAGCUUGGAGACAUCAGGUGCUUAGCACUGGAGAAGGUUGCCGAAUCACUUGAGCUUCCUUGCAAAUAUGGCUCGCUAGGCUGCCCCGAAAUCUUUCCAUACUACAGCAAACUGAAGCAUGAAUCUCAGUGCAGCUAUCGACCAUACAGUUGCCCAUAUGCCGGAUCAGAAUGCUUGGUCGUGGGGGACAUUCCUUUCUUGGUCACUCAUUUAAGAGAUGACCACAAGGUAGACAUGCACACAGGCUGCACAUUUAAUCAUCGAUAUGUCAAAUCCAAUCCAAGGGAGGUUGAAAAUGCCACAUGGAUGCUGACUGUCUUCAACUGUUUUGGGCACUACUUCUGUUUGCACUUCGAGGCCUUCCAGCUAGGGAUGGCCCCUGUGUACAUGGCGUUCUUGCGGUUCAUGGGCGAUGAGAAUGAAGCCAGGAGUUUCAGCUACAGCCUCGAGGUUGGGGCCAAUGGAAGGAAGCUAACAUGGGAAGGCACUCCUCGGAGCAUCCGUGAUGGUCACCGCAAGGUCCGGGACAGCCAUGACGGGCUCAUCAUACAGAGGAACAUGGCACUUUUCUUCUCCGGUGGUGACAGGAAAGAGCUGAAGCUGAGGGUCACUGGCCGGAUCUGGAAGGAGCAACAGGGCAACGAAACCGGAGUGUGCAUGCCAAAUCUUUGUAGCUGAAAGAAAAGCAAGCAUGCCUAAAUGUGCAGGCUUUGCAGAUGCAGCUUGACGAUGCUUUGCCCAUAUUAUGUACUUGGAGUUCACAGAACUUUUCUGUGAUAGUAUGUUUCGAAUAUGAUUUGCAAAGAUGUUGUUUAAGGUGUGAA